GGAGCGUAGUUUCGCAGAACGCGACCUGCAUUCGAAUUGGAAAUAAAAGCGAAGGAGCAUUCGCAUUUUGCUUGCUGUAAGUAAAACGAAAAACUGUGAUUGCUAAUAAACAAGACUACAAAGCUCGCCUGUAACAAUAGGGGGAUCUUCUUCCUCACUUCUUUCUCAAGCAUUUUGCUACUUACACAAAUAAGCCCCUGCUGGGAAAGAUUGGAGAACAAACUUGGAAAACCUACAGCAAAAUCGGAGUAGUGCUUACAUUUUUACUCCUACAUCCAGCCCACGAAUAACACACUGCUCCCUGUGUUGAGCCGUUUCUCCUCUCGCGAUCGAUCUCAAGGUCGCGCGAGUAAGUGUUUCAGAACAUCAUGGCGCCCCUCUUUCGUCGCGUACUUGCCGCUGUUGGUGCUGCCAUGUCUCUCCACUUGCGCGGAGAAUUACUAUUCGGCGCGCUCCUGCUGGGCGGACGUGGUGCUUUUGAAGCUUCUUGGAUGAAUGCCAGCCACUCUGUUCACCCGUUCGUGGUCGCUGUCCGGGUGCGGUUAACAUCUCGGCCGGGAAGCAGCAAUGAUGGCACCCCCCUCGGGAGGAAGGCAGCUGGAUCUCCCGAGUCAGAAGUUGGUGGGGGGCGCCGCAGCUUGCGUGGCGAAAUAGGCAAAAAUCUGCCCUCCGUUACGCCAGGGAAUGCUGGAGCUGUGGGAAGGAGCGCUCCUCGUGCUGACGGAGGUCAGGGAAGUCGCCUACUGAAAGAGUCCGCGAAGGCCGCCUACAGGGGGCUACUAGACGAGUGCAGGAGAAAAGGCGACACGAAAGGCGCGAGACAGGUGUUGCAAGAUAUGGAGGCUGCGAAUAUCGUGCCGGAUGUCGCCUGCUACAACUCUUUACUGGCCGCCUACGGCAACAGCAAAAACACGGCUGGCGCGCGACGGGUAUUGAAAGAUAUGAAGGCCGCGAAUGUCGUUCCGGAUGUCGUCACGUACAACAGGUUAGUCAACGCGUACAGAAAAAGAGGCGACCUGGACGGCGCGCGGCGGGCGUUUGGGGAAAUGGAGGACGCGGGCCUCGUGCCAAACGCCGUCACCUAUCGGCACAUGAUGGGAGCGCACAUAGCUAAACAUAAACGAGACGGCAGCGAUGCCUGCGAGGAUAUCGAACAGGUCUUGGAUUUGAUGGAGGUGGCCCGCGUGGAGCCUGAUCGCGCCAUAUUCACUGCGAUGAUUGACUAUUAUGUUUCUUCCGGCAGAAAAGAGCAGGCCAAACUAUUACGGGAGGUGUAUGACAGAUGGGAGGGCCAGACGAGCAACUUCACACCUACAGUUUGAAUGCAAAGGAGCAAAACGCGGCCUCCAGCUGGUUUGGCUGCUUUGGUGCCGCCAAACGCCUUAUGUCGACUUUCAGGGGGAUUGCUCUACUUUUUUUUCCUUGUCUCUUCGCUCUUUUUUUUCUAUCUUGUAGCUAUAGGCAGCUUUUAUUUUUUUCUUCUUCUAUUGCCAUCGCGGAUGG